AUGAUGAUAUAUAUAUAUAUAUAUAUAUAUAUAUAUAUAUUCUUCAUCAUAUUCUACAAUAUAUGGAAACGCAACAAAAAUGUUUUCAUACCAAAUUGGCCAAUCAUUGGCAUGCUGCCAUCAGUUUUACUUAAUCUAUCCGAUAUUCAUGAUUUUAUGACCUUAGGUUGCAAACAUUGUGGAAACACUUUUCAUUUUAAAGGACCUUGGUUCACAAACAUGGCCAACAUUAUCCUCACUUGUGAUCCCAUGAAUGUGCAGUACAUCACCAGCAAGAAUUUCAGCAACUAUGGGAAAGGAUCUGAUUUCCGUGAGAUGUUUGAGUAUUUCGGCGUUGGUAUUUUUAAUUUGGAAUCCAAUGAAUGGAAACAAGAGAGGGAACUACUUCACUCAUUGCUAAAAAGGAAAAGCUUUGAGAUUUUUCAUCAAAAUAACAUUCAAAAGAAGCUAGAGUAUUGCCUAUUACCAUUUCUUGAGCAUGCAUAUAAAGGUGUACAGGUAAUUGAUUUACAAGAUAUUUUUGAGAGGUUCACCUUUGACACCGCAUGUACCUUUUUAUUUGGAUUUGAUCCAAAUUCUCUUCCUUACGACUUCAAUGGAUUUUCAGAUGUUUCUCAUGUAAAAGCUUUUUCUGUGCUUGAGGAUACGAUAUUGUUCAGACACUGUAUUCCAAAAUAUUUGUGGAAGCUACAAAAAUGGCUACAAAUUGGUCAAGAGAAGAAGAACAAGGUAGCUCAACAAAAUCUUCACCAAUUCUUGUACAAAUGUAUAGAUCGUUGUAAAGGUGUUGAAGAGAACAGAAGAUUGAGACGCAGUGAUGAAGAUAUUGAUGAAAGUGAUUCUUGCUUACUAAAAGAAAUAAUUAGGCAAGGAUUGGAAAAGGGUGAAAUGUUUGAGAAGUAUUAUCUUAGAGACACUGCACUUGAUCUCUUGAGUGCGGGAAGUGGAACAAUUAGUUCAGGUCUCAGUUGGUUCUUUUGGCUUGUUUCAACUCAUCCUAUUGUGGAAGCUAAAAUUGUUAAAGAGAUCAAAGAUAACUAUUUAGUACAAGAGGAGAAUUUCAUCGCAAAUUUGAGUAUGGAAGAGCUUGGUAAGCUAGUUUACCUUCACGGAGCUAUAUGUGAAGCCUUAAGGCUUUAUCCACCUGUAUCAUUUGAGCACAAGUGUGCAAUAAAAGCUGAUAUACUACCUAGUGGAGACCAUGUUAGUGCAAAUACAAAGGUAAUAUAUUCUUUGUAUGCAAUGGGAAGGAUGGAACAAAUAUGGGGAGAUGACUGCAUGGAAUUUAAGCCAGAGAGAUGGAUAUCAGAAAAAGGACAGAUUAUACAUGUACCAUCUUACAAGUUCAUAGCAUUCAAUGCAGGUCCAAGAAGUUGUAUUGGAAAAGGUAUUAGCCUUAUUCAAAUGAAAAUGGUUGCAGCUACUAUGUUAUGGAAGUUUCACAUACAAGUUGUGGAAUCUCACGCAGUAACUCCAAGGACUUCUUUUAAGCUACGCAUGAAACAUGGCUUAAAGAUCAAAGUCACUAAAAGAUACAUUGAGUAUUGA